GAAGUCUUUCGUUGAUCAACUGGAGCGUCUGAACGCACCCCUUAGUAAUGAGUUAGCUACGGAUGUGAUCCUUAACUCGCUACCCAAUUCAUAUCAUCAGUUCGUAAUGAACUAUAACAUGAAUGGGUGGGAAAGAACGAUCCCAGAGUUGCAUCAGAUGCUAAAAACUGCUGAGACAAACAUCCCAACUAAGGGUAAUCCAGUGCUAGCGAUCAGGGAAGGAAGAAUUACCAAGAAGAAGCAAUCCAAGGGAAAAGGCAAGGCGAGUAAGCAAGACAAGGGCAAAGGCAAAAAGGUUGCCACUCCGAAGGCAAAGCCUCAUAAAGAUGCCAAGUGUUUUCACUGUGAUGAGAUCGGGCAUUGGAAGAGGAAUUGUCCCAAGUACCUGGCUGAGUUGAAGCUUAAGAAGCUGCAGAUUGGAGAAUCCUCAGGGACUAAAAAGGAUUAGGAAGCUGAAGCAGGGUGACUUAGAGCUGCACGUUGGGAACGGGCAGAAUGUUGCUGUGAAGGCAGUUGGAGAAUUUAUUCUUGAAUUACCUUCUGGAUUGUUUAUUACUUUAGACAAUGUUUUUUAUGUUCCUAGUUUGACUAAGAAUAUUAUUUCUGUUUCUGCUUUAAGAGAACAAGGUUUUAAUUAUGCUUUUGAUAUUGUUAAUGGUAGCAUUUCUGCAUUUUUAAAUGGUGUGUUCUAUUUUGAGGCUAAGCCUCACAAUGGUGUCUAUGAAAUAGAUACUUCUAACAGUAGAUCAAAUAAUAUAGUAUGCUCUCUUUCCUCUAAACGUGUUAAAACUAGCUUUAAUCAAACAUAUCGUUGGCAUUGUCGUCUUGGCCAUAUUAACAUCAAUCGCAUGAGGAAGCUCCAGACCGCAGGGAUUCUAGAAUCCACGGGUCAGGAGACUUAUGAUUUAUGCGAAUGUUGUCUAAGUGGCAAGAUGACUAAGGCCCCUUUUACCGGAACUAGUGAAAGGGCCAAAGACAUGUUAGGACUCAUACAUACUGAUGUAUGUGGUCCAUUCAGGACUAUGU